AAGUCCAGAAGCUAAAAGUGUGAAAAUGAACCUGUUUGGCGUUAAUAUUUUUUUAAUUUUUUUAUCCAUCACUUACAACACAGUAAAAAGUGAAAAGCUACGGAUAGAAAAUGGAUACGAAGCCGAAACUGGAAUGUAUCCUUAUCAGGUUCGAAUCGAGAUCAAGGGUAUGCACAAUUUUCCCGAUUCGAUGCCCGCGGAAAAGCGCCCAGUGCACUGUGGAGGUACCAUCAUAAGUCAGCGAUACGUAUUAACCGCUGCGCACUGUAUCCACAAUGAAGAAGGACGUGUAGUGCGAAUUUUGGGUGGAAAUAACAUAAGAGGAGGCGAACAUGAAAGAGUAUACGAAUCUGAAGCUAUUGCAGUUCAUGAAGAUUGGGAAUUGAAUCGUCAAAGUAUUCGAGCGGACAUUGCUUUAAUUAAAACGAGCGAAGAUAUCAUUUUCGACGAUUACGUACAACCUGCAAAAUUACCAACAUCUAAAUUUGAACUUCGAGAUAACGAGACAGCUAUAGUCACUGGAUGGGGCUUACUCAAGGCACAAGGACGCCAUCCGGUUGAACUUCGAGCAUUGAAAAUGAAAGUUGUCAAUCGUCAGAAAUGUCAAGGCAUUUGGGAAAAGAUUUCUAAAAGAACUAUGGAUGAAUUUUCAGACAAUGGAGUAAUCUGUUUGUCAGGUGAAAAAGGCCAAGGAGUAUGCAACUCUGAUUCCGGUGGACCAGCAGUAACUACAAAUGGUAUUUUAGUUGGAGUCGUUAGUUUUGGAGAUGGUCUCCAUUGCAAUAGAUCCAACAUACAUCCAGAUGUAUUCACCAAUGUACCUUAUUAUUUAGAUUGGAUCAGAUUGAAAAUGAAAUCUCUUUAAAAAAAUUAGAUCAUCAGUAACAAUGUAGCAAUGUAGCAAUUUACUCAGACAAGCUAGGUUCAAUAAUCUCAGAAUGGAUAAAAUUUAUGUAUUUGAUGUACGAGCAAUUCUCAAUGUAUGA